ACAGUGGUGCGCGCGCGACGCAUCAGUCGGCAAUCCGCCCGGGCGGGCGCCAUACGACCGGAAUCUGCGCGAGCGACAUACAAUUCGCGAUUUAUAAAAAUUUCAGUGAAAUAAAACGCGAAAUCAUAACGUUCAUUGAAACGCAAGCGUAAGAUUCUGUGAACAAAUACGAUUAAAUGAACGAGUCUCGAGUGCAGUGAGCGACAGACCCGCAAAACGAGAGAGCGAUAAGGGGCACAGAUACCCCUCAUAACGAAACGAUUCGAGAAGGAAGUUGACACAUGCUUUAGUCUCGAAAAUCGCUCUACGACUGUCAGGCACCAAGUUAUCCUGCACCGCUCUACAUAUCGUCCAAACGAACUUUCUCGAACAACCCCCCUUUGUGGCCACAGGAGGGGUCUAUAUUUAUAAGGAGAGAUCUCUGACGUGACGUCACGUUCAAGGAUAAAAUUAAAGCGCAUUUCUAACCUAAUAGCUCUAACAAAGUGUUGUAAAUAUUUGUGGAAAUUAAUUUUAUAAUAACGACAUUGUAACUAUAAUACUAGUCAUUCAUCUAGUGUAUUUAUUGUAAAUUUUAUAAAAAUAAAAAAAAAAUUGGGUGGAUCGAUUGUAAAAAGUUUCUUAGCCUACCAAAGAGUUUAAACCGUCCGUCAUUUCCGCUAUAAAAAGAAACGUUAACCAGAGACAAUGCAGACCCAAAUAGGCGUUGGGGAGUUGCAGAGGAGCUACAGGGUGCAGGACUUUGCCUCCCCUGGAGUUAUCAUGAGGGAGAGAAGUUUUAUACGGCCUCAGUCUCAUCAUAAUUUGCAUCAUAACCAGUUUCCGAGUAAUGGGAAACGACGGAGCAUGAUCUUAACAAAUGCAAAAGGAAAGCCAACCCUUGAAAUCUACAGACCACCAGGCGUGCGCACAGACGUUGCUGUCACCAGCGGAGGCAAUUCAGGCAACACACUGACGGCGCCUUCCAACAAGCUGAAUGUCCACGCCAAAGAGUUCACCAUGGCCAAAACUGCUGAUCUACAUAAUAGGUCAACAGUCGGCAUGGGCUUCACGAGUGUGGGUCUCCAGCACUCGCGUUCGGCGGUGCUGCAUGCACAAGUUCCGCCGCACUACCGACCCGUGAUGCCGUCUCAUGCGCUACUGGGCAGUGCAUCCAGUGGAAAUGUUCCUCAUACUACGGCUGGCCCUCGGGUCCACUUCAAACUGCAGCCCCAGCAGAUUAUCCAGGAGAAGAAGAAGUCUCCACCGUCCUCCCUCAGCAACGGGAACGGGAAGAGUAUUCGUCCGCAAUCGUAUACGCCUGGGCUGAAGCGGUCCAAGUCUUUAACCUCAGCGGACACUUUGGCCAGUGGUAUGGCUGCGUUGGGUCUGGCUGCUGAUGCAGGGGACCUUGGCACCUUCCCGCCAGAGAUACAAGAAUGUAUCGAUAAGGCACUGGAAGGUGAGACAGAUGAUCCAAACGCGGUAUGUGCUCGAACUCUAAUGGAUGCCGUGGGUCAUCUCGUGAGUCGCGCAGUGGAGUCUCCGCGAUACGCCUUGCCGGCCGCAAGACGCUGCAUUGCUGUCGUUGAACGGGAACAGACUGAGACCUUCUUGGAGUCUCUGCUCAACACGUGCCAGCAGUGGUACCAUGACCGGGAGAAGUUACUAGGAACGAUAGUUGGCGGAGGGCGUCCACGUCUCAUGGCGUUCCUGUCAUUCCUUCUCGAGAUGUACUGUCAGUUGCGUCGUCGCGCCAUUCAUCGGCGCGGGGCGAGUGCGCAGCCCGGACAAGUCCUUUUGACACUGAUUUGCAAAUGCUGCGAGGAUUGUAUUCGCCAGCCCGUGCCUUCACCCAGUGAUACUGAGAAUCUCUUCUUCGUGCUUACGUAUAUCGGCCGUGAUUUAGAAACCCAGCUUCCUGGUGACUUGGAGCGUCUCCUAACAGCUGUGCGCGAUGCCUUCAUCAACACAGCUGCAGCGCCCUCUAUCAGACGCACAUUACUCCAGCUUAUUGAAUUACACGCUUCUCGCUGGCAACUCCCGGGAUGUGCCGUCCUCUAUUAUUAUCCCUCCUCGAAAUAACAGUGCCUAAGGUUAUAAAAUACAUUUUCCAAAUAUGCUAGUAUUGAAAUUACAGUUUUUGGCACGAUAAAGCCAUUUUGAAUAAAUGUUGCCGUAAUAAAAAAAAAAUAAAAAAAUUUGACAUGGUAACACUAAAUUAUCAAUUUGUGCCAAAAUUUCGCACUUUACACUAAUGUUUGAGGAGGGGUCAGGCAAAGGUGACAAGCAUUUCUUUGGUUUGACUAUUGUGAUCUUAGUAGUGUUUCGUUAGUUUUUAGUCAAUACAACUUAAUCAGGCGAAUGUUGCUUUAAGCUCAAGUGCCUUGUUAGUUUGUGCAUUUUCACUACUUUCAAAAUUUCUUGUAAUUAGCUUUGAAAGUGUGAAAGUGUUGUAGAUUUAAUAUUGACUAGUUUUAAGGUGAAAUUUAUUUGAGCGAUAUAUGCCUACAAGUAUUACAGUGUACGUAAAGUAGUUAUUGACAAAUUAACGGUGUACACUACUGUACGAACUUCGCAUAGUACUUCGUGCAUUGUAGCCUUUUGUCGUCUCUAACACUAGUACGGUAGGUGUUAACUUUGCUUCUGUAUCUACCCUCGCUUCUUUGGUAGUUUAUUUUUAAGGUAUUACCUAUUUUUGCUGUCAAUACCUAUUAAAGUCGACUCAUUAUGGGCUGAGACUUCGGGUCAUAAAUCACAUUUAUCUGUCCGUCGCGCUCGCACUUACAGGUCUUAUGGAGCGGUGUAGUGAUGUGCUUAGAAUUGUAGAGAUGCAUAUCGAUAACGGUUAUAUAUGAUCGAUAUUUAAAUUCUUUUUUUAAAACAGGAACACAUUUACAGCCCGAGCUUGAGCGUUGAGGGGGCACCAUUUAGUUUAUUUAAAACCACGAUGGAAAAUAAAUUCUCCAUUGUGCGUAUUGCUAGCGAAGCGUAUGUCAUGUAAUGAGUGUAUCAACCAAUCAGAAGUCAAAGUGCAUGCGGCAGGUAGCUAAGUAUCGAUAACGGGUUGCAUUGCGUGCACAUUUCUACUGUCAGUGACAUUUAUUACCUGACGACUCAGCUUAAAAUGCGUCGACUAUAGCAUAAUAAGCAAGAUAACUUAUCGAAAUGACUGAGUCUCAGCAGAAAGCCUGUGCGAUGUGAAGCUGUAUCUGAUGUCUUUUUUCUUCUCACCAAAGACUGCAUCCACUUUUUCAAGUUUGAUUGUGUAGCUGGACCAAAUUUACGUUAAACAAAAAAUAAUGUAGAAAUAUAAAAUAUUUUGUAAUUUUAAAUGUUUGUCUAACUCAACACUUUAUUCCCAGACGUAAUGUAAGCCUGAACGUAAUGUUUAGUUUUUGAAUGUGUGAUCAAAUUACAACAAUAUAGUUAUUUUUUAAGAAUUAACAGAGACGAUGUCUUGUUGCAUAUUAGCAAUUUUAUGUUGCGAUAAUUUUCUAUAAAAAUUAUAAAAGAACAAAAAAAGGUGCUAACAGAUUAUUGGUGUAUUUUAAUUUAGUUAUCGUAUCGGAUACGGGCAAUACAAAUAUACUUUCGUUACAAUAAUUAUUGUAAUACUGUAUUUACACAAAAUAAAGCAUAAAAUUAUAUCCAA